AUGGAUCGGGUUUAUAUCGUUACCACCAUCGGUGGACUGUUUGGUGGUCUUCCUACUAUUCUUCGUCUUCUGGUUCCGAUUGUUGCAAAACUUUUCCAUUCGAUUAUCUUUCGUCAACGUCGGCGUCGAUCAAAUAUCCAUGAUCGAGAGCUUGACCGUCAUAAAGGUAAACAACCGUCUCAUAGUGAGCAGGAAAAAUGUUUAGUAAGUGUCCGAAAGAGAAAAUUGUCGCACAUCUUCAAAUCAUUUCUUUGAGAUUUUUUUACUACAAGGAAUUUUUUUAUCUGACGGACAGAAGAUUAUGCCUAUUAUGGUGUGAGAAAUGGUCGAUACUGCUGCCUUGUAUUUUGGAACAAAAAGCAUUUCAUGGAAUGCCGAGAAAAACAAAAUUUGAAUUGGGAUGGAAUCGUUUUUAUAAGGAUUUCGAACAGAUUUGAAAUCUCAAAAUCCUUCGACAAUUACAAAGUUUGAGGUGAAUAAGGUCAAAAGAAUAUGUUGGCAUGUGUUUUAUGAUUGUCGAGGACACUAAAAAGUGAAGAUUCAUUUUUUCAUGGUAGACUUCAGUACUUCUUCUAUAAAACCUAACAGAGAAGGAAUAUAUGAAUAAAUUUGCUACCCAACCAUUCAAAACUUCUCUUUUCAUGAUGCAGGCUUGAUAGAUUCGAAUUCGAAAUCAUAACAAUGCAAUGCAUACACUUUAUUUUUGAUGAAAACAUUUUCAUAAUAGAAUGAUUGCUUUUUUUUUAUGAUUUCAUAGAUAUCUUAGAUUGGCUCAACAGCUUAAGAACUCAAGACGGAUUGGAAGCUGGCGCAUGACUUGACUAGACCGGGUACGCUCCAGACCACUGUGCGAAUUGUACAGUUGUCAACAUACUGACA